UCAGUCAUACCAUGUUAUUUGACAGUGCUACUCAAAUGAUCAGCACCCAUCAUGUCCUUUAGAAGGCUCAUUCAGCAAAACCGUAAUGCCAAUUUUGCAGGCUUCUGCGUUAGUCCUUAUACUCCUUACUUGGAAACUAUGUGCAGCCCGCAGAUGGAUAAUAAGCAAUUUCAGAACCUGGCAAAUGCAGUGGGGACCUUACCCAGAGGACGCAGGCAGUUUGCUUUAAGAAGAUCAAGUUCCUUAGACUCUUCAGGGCCUCAAAGACAACUCCUUGCUAUCAUCAAAGAAGAUAAUGAAACAUUUGGGUUUGAAAUUCAGACUUGUAGAUUACCCAGCCAGAAUGAUUACUCCCCGGAGACAUGUACUUAUGUCUGCAGAAUACAAGAGAAAAGCCCUGCCCAUCUCUCUGGCCUACAAACUGGUGAUAUUCUUGCCAAUAUCAAUGGAGUGAACACUGAAGGUUAUAAUCACAAGCAAAUAGUGGACUUGAUAAAAUCUUCAGGCAAUUAUUUAAGAUUAGAGACUGUUAAUAGAGCUAUGAUUUUUAGGAGAAUGGAACUUGACACCAAGCUUCAAUCAUUGAAGCAAACCUUGCGGGAAAAACUGGUGGAGUUCCGGUCUCUGCAGUUACAGGAACAACGCCUACUGCAUGGAGAGGUGAAUGACAACACUUUGUUUGAUCCCAUGGAAACAGAAGAAUUUAAUUUAUUUGGGAGCUGCACUGCACCCAGACCUACGUUCCCAAUGAAGCCCCGCUUCUCCAGUGAAAGCAGCUCGAAAAGCAGAUUGAGUUCAAUGACAGUGGACAGUGAGGAUGGCUUCUACCAGACCUGUAUUUCUGAGGAUUCUGCUAAUGAGACUCUGAGCCGACAGUCAAGCAUAGAUGAUGAUUGCUUCUUCCAAAGGGACAAUGACACUGUUGUGGGGAGAUCUUCGCUGAGAAGGAACAGAAGCAUCAGUGUUGCCAGCAAUGGUUCAAUGUCACCUCAGUGGGAGGGAGGGAGCUUCCCAAAUAUUUUUGGCACACUCCCACGGAAAAGCAGGAAAGGAAGUAUCCGAAAGCAUAUUUUAAAAUUUAUUCCUGGCCUUCACCGAGCAGUGGAGGAGGAAGAAAAUCGUGUCUGACAUUUUAUGUAACUUCGUCUGUGUACAGGACUGUGCUAGUAUGUAUAGACAGGAAAUGCAGCAGUAAAGCAAUAUGGUAUCUAGGACACGGACUGUAGAGUCUCAUAUGAAAGAUGGAAAGGAACAUUUCUAACAAAGAUACUGCAUUGUUUUCCCAAAUAGGAUUUCAGGACAGGACUGACAUUAUUUAAAAUUCUAGAGUACUUUUCAUUAUUCCAGAACACAGCACAACGUGGGGCCUAGUUUAGUUAUAAUGGAACAGGUUUCCAGUGACUAACUUUGAUAUAUGAAAACAUUUGUAGAGCUUUCUCAGCAAACUUUGUGAUACCCACCUUUUCUAUUGUAUGCAAACUAUUUAUUUCCUGUUAUCAAAUCAAGAGUUAUUCUUCAUGUGUCUUUAUUAUAGGGCCCAACCCUCAUAAAAUUUUUGACAAAAUCCUCAUUGUGAGCAGGAUGAGACCAGAAUAUAUAAACGAGUACAAGAACAAAGCUGUGAAGUACAGUACUUGUAAAACUGAAGGAUAUACUUGUAAGUUGCUCAGUAAAUUGCACAGUACCUGCCCUACUACAUCCAGUUUUGGGCCACACACUUCAAGAACCAUGUGCACCAGUUUGAAAAGAAUCCAAUGGAGAGCAAAAGAAAUGAUUAGGGGGUUGGUAAGCAAGACUCAUAAGGAAAGGUUGAAAGAACCAGGGUUGUUAUCCUGGAGAAGAGAAGACUGAGGGGGGUUUGGUUCAAAGACUCAAGGAGUGAUUAUAGAGAGGAUGGAGAUGGGCUUUUUUUCUGUGGCAGGAGUGGACAGGAUGAAGAGCAGCAGCCUCAAACUACAUGAGGGGAAACUUAGAUUGAAAAUUAGGCAGACUUUUCUAACUAUGAAGAUGGUCAAGCACUGGAACAGGCUAACUAGAAAAAUCAUGAAAUGUCUAUCCUUGGAAGUUUUCAGGAGCAGGUUAAACAAACACUUGGCUCGGAUGGUUUAGUUAAGGAUGAUUCUGCCUGUAGUGUGAGGCUGUAGAUGUGAGGUUCCUUCUAGCCCUAAUUUCCUAUGAUACUAAAUUAGUUAACUUUCUAUUUUGCCCAUGCCAUGGUUCAAACUAACAUACACUUGGAUUUUUAUUUUAAUGCAACUGCCUUUCCAGUCACUAAAUUAGAGAUCAGGAUUCUCUGAUCAAACUUUCACCUAAAGGACAGUAGUUUCAUUCUGCUGUGAGUACUACACCCCGCCCCCACCUUGAUCUUUUCAUGCAAUAGGUAUAAUGACCCAUAGUAUAACCUGUGCCACACAUUUCUCAGAUCUGAUCCUACUAGUUAAAAUCACUGCAGAUAGCUAACACGAUAUGUCAUGGUAAGACUUUACUAUCUCAGGGAAUUUGAAAUAUAAAGGUCACUUAUAUAAUAUAGACAUCACCUAUAUAAUCUCUCUCAUAACAGCCCCAAAGCCUUUUCACUGUACCAGUUCAUUAAGUCCAUCGUUUGCUUUUAUACAAGCCUGGUUACAAUGGCCAGGAUUGAUGUAUUGAAAUAUUACAUAUUUUAUGCCUCUGCAUAACAGGGAUAAACAGGGCUAUUAAAUAUAAAGGAACUUAAGCCAAAAUAUUGAUUUUAUUUUUUUAAAGUGUCUGCUGGUAGAGAAAAACAUAAAGCAUUGUUGGGUAAAAUAAAUAACAAGAAGGAACUUGGACAUACAAACGAACUAGAGUCUUUGGACUUAAAACAAGUACUUCUCAUAAGGAUGUGAAAAUCUUGGGUGUUUCUGAUGAUGAAAAGUAUGCUGAAGUAUGUUGUUUAAACUGCUAUAAAGCUGCAGGUGUAGUAUAGAAAUAGAGAGGAAGUGGCUUUCUUUUGUAGCCAGCAUCGGCCUGAUGAUAACCUUGUUGUUAAUAUUGGCCUUGCAUUAGCAGCAGCAAUGAAAGGAACACAGUUGAAAUGGAGAACACGAAAACAUGCUAGAUGGAUGUGUACAAAGAAUUAAUUUGACAACAGAGGGUUGGGAAUAGAUUUAAGUAGUUUGGAAUGAAAAGACAAUGAAGACAUCUUCUAGGGAUAAAUACUUGAAAAUAGAGGGGAAAAGGAAAAAUAAAAGGGCAGUACAGGGACUUUGAAAAUUAAUGGUAUAGUCUUUUGGCUGUUGUACAUUCUUUGCUUCAAGGCCUGCUAUGACAGCUCAGGCUAGGCCCCUUAUCCCUGCUCUACAGUGACAUGUCUCUAAGUCCCAUCACUUGUUUCUGCAAUUCUAAUCAGGUUUAUUGAAAACAUAUUUUCCUGUGCAUAUAUCAAGCUCACUACCAGGUAAUUUAAAGGUUAUGCAUCUCUACUGUCUCCUGUUGAGAUUAUUGCAGUCAAAGAAGCUUAUCAGAAUUUCAGCAGACUUGAAAAAAUAUCGAUCCGGCAACGUUGACUUAAAUGCGUACUUCAAUAAAUUCUGCCUCUUCAAGGUCACAGAAAUAACAAACUCCCUCCUACACCAUUCUCAGAGGAUGUUUUGCACUUUCUAACAGGAUCUAUUUUGUUUCUGAAUGAAAUGCAAGUUCCAGUCCCAUCUUAGAAAACUCCUAAAAAAAAUGUCACUGAAGCACACCUGCUUGGGUUACAAAACUCAUAAACAAGCCUGCAGUAACAAAGAUUUUAUGGACCUCCUUUUAGAGUAUUUAGUAGACCAUUAUUGAAACAAAAGUUCAAUUAUUGCCUUGGUUCCUUUCAGAUGAAAGAUUUCUAUAGUACAGAUUGUGAAGCUAGAAAGGAGAGUUUACCAAAGACUAUCUGAAAUUAUUUAAUAAGUGAAGCUCUAAGUGAGAAGGAAAGAUACAAUUUUAUAUUGCCUGAUAAGUGCACAAAUAAGUCAUGGUUUAUAGCAAGCACAAGUCAAGUCAUAGAAACUGUGGCAAACCUUUUCAAAACAGAGCAUAGACAGACAAAGUUCUAAUUAGCUGCAAGAAUUGUCUCUAUGUGAGGCACUUGCUUUUAAUUGACAAGAAAGAAUUCUAAGAGGUGAUAUAUACUUAAGACAGUCUUAUUUAAAAUUAACAUCUUUAAAAACCUCAAAGUCAAACAAAUAACUUCUUCAACAACAGACAUAUAAACAAGUAAAAAAAUACAGACUAUUUUUGCCUAAUAUUCUUCCAGCUGAUACAAUUUCAAAUGCAAAACUUCCAAGGAGAUUUAAUCAUAUAUUUUUGGUAGGUAACAGGAGCUACAAACCAACAUUUCAAAUGACUUUUAUGCUAAGUACAGACAGUCAAAAAGCCUGAGGCUGAAUCAAUUCAGCUUUUGCAGGUUAGUCUAAACUGCGUAGAUUGAAUCGAAAAGCAAGUUAACAGACAUUCUGGAAAUGCAGCCACAUGCCUGCAGUGGCUCAGGCUAGAAGCUGGGGGGCACUCGAGCAAACCUUCCCUUCCCUUUGGCAAUGACUGGAUGGCUGGAGGGAAGCUGGGAGAAGCUCUCUAGGCUU